AUGACGGAAAUGAAAAAAGUGGAUAGACCCAUGCCCAUAUUUGACAGAGGACGGUUGGACAAAUCCAAAUAUUGUGCCUUCCAUCAUGGACCAGGCCAUAACAAUUAUCAAUGUUGGGAUCUCCGAGAUGCUGUGGAGAAAUUUGUCAGAGAACGCAAAUUACGCCAGUAUGUGAUCAAAACUCAAGGUUCCAAGAACAAAAGAAAGUCUGGAAGCCGGAAAAGGAGUAAGAGUCCAGUACCUGAGAAGAAAAAGAAAGAAGAAAGGAACCAGAAAGAUGAUUCCAAAAAUGACGAGUUCCCAGAAGCAGAGUUCGACUGCAACGUGAUUAGUGAAGCCCUUGGAGGAGGAGGAGACACUGUAAGUGCUAGACGAAAGUACUUAAAAGAAGUACUCUCAAUCCGGGAUCGUCCUAAAUUUAAAGAGGACCCUAACAAAGCAGACCCUCCUCUGCUCUAUUUUACAAAAGAAGACAUGAAAGGUGUCUUGCCAGGGCAUGUGGAUGGACUAGUUGUCACUGAAACCCUGGUAAAUUGCCGGGUUAAAAAGAUCUUCAUAGAUGCGGGAAGUAGUGCCGACAUUAUACUAUGGGGUACUUUCAAGAAGAUGAACCUUGAUGAGGAAGACCUCAAACCCUACAAGACAACCUUAAUAGCGUUUAAUGGAGAAAAUACACCUCCUAAAGGCUACAUAUAUCUCAGGUUAACCCUGGGAACAAAAGAAUCAUUCAAAUCAGAACGAGUGAGGUUCAUAGUGGCAGAUUUCCCGUCAGAAUACAAUAUAAUUCUGAGGAGACCAACCAUACACAAAUGGGACAUGCUGGUCUCCACAAAGCAUCAAAAGAUAAAGAUGGUAAGCAGCAGGAAUGAAAUUAUUACCAUCAGUGGUGAUCAAAAAGAAUCCAAGGAAUGCUACUUUGAAACAGUCAAAGAAAAUGAAGAGGACACCUGA